AUGACGACGAAACGAGGUGAGCCUACAAUUGUGUUCUCUUCGGCAGAUCUGGCAAGGGCGGCGGCGCCUUUUCAGUGGGCUUUGGUGGGCAAAUUUUCUCAAGGGCGGCCUACAAUGGAAGAGCUCCGGAAGUUCUUCAAGACAUUAGACCUAAAGGCUGAGUUUUCGGUGGGGCUGUUAGAUCACCGACAUGUUAUCAUCUGUCUGAAUGCAGAACAUGAUUUCCACAGAAUAUGGGGACGGCACCUUUGGUACGUUUUAGGCUGUCCGAUGCGGGUCUUUAAGUGGACAACUUCGUUUCAUGUUCACAAAGAACCAUCGCUUGUUCCAGUAUGGUUUUCUCUGCCUAAACUUCCACUCCAUCUCUUUCACAAGGAAUGUUUAUUCCACGUUGUUUCGCCGUUGGGGCGUCCGCUCUUCAUGGAUGCAGCAACGAGAUCGCUGUCUCGUCCGAGCGUAGCGCGUGUUUGUGUGGAGGUCGACCUGGUGAAGCCUCUGCCGAGCCGAGUCUGGGUGGGUCUUGGGUCUGGGGAAGAUGAUGGUUUUUGGCAGGCUCUGGUUCCGGAGAAGCUGCCGCACUACUGCAGGUUCUGUUUUCGGCAAGGUCAUGAGGAGUCGGCUUGCCGGGCAAAACACCCUGAGCAUCGUGAGGCGGCGGCAGGGGGUAGGGUUAUAGGUAGCUCUGGCAGUGGGCAGACAGUUAAGCGAACCUGGGAGCUUAUUUCAAAGAUACAACGCGAGGUGGUGGGUGCGCAAUCAGCAGCGGCGACUCCAUUGGUAGACGUGGGUGCUGUGGAUGAGGGGCCAUCCCUCCAGCCCGGGGGGGAAACAGCUCCUGGACAUGGUGUUCCUGCGGUUUGGGAGGGCCAGCCAGCAGCGCAGGAGAACUCCUCAGGGGAGUUGGUAGUGCCACAGGCCAUGGGUUUGGAGGCAGAGCAGCAGCGGCAAUCUGCUGGCACCAGCUUGGUGCUUGUGGCUACUGGAGCCAGUGAGGCAGCAGGCCCUACGACCGUGAGCGGGCUGCCCACCCAGCAGGUGCAAGUGUUACCAUCGGCUGAUGGUUUGGUGGAUGGAAAAGAGGACGCUGGACUUGGGACAGCAGCUGAAGAGGAGGACGAAGUGGUUUCCGAUGGGCAUCUGGAUGAGGAGGACAUUUCCAUGGCUGAGCAAAGGGCUGGCAGCCUUUCGCCGCGAGGGCAACGGCUGUGUGCAGCUAGCUCCUUGGUGGUUGAUAUUUUUAAUCUUGACCCAAUAAUUCAACAGGUUCAGGAGAAGGCGAAUGGUGGGGAUGAUGUUCAGCUAGUGGUUCAACCGAAACGUAAGGGUGUUCGUUCUGUGGCUCCUACUGAUCGUUCUCUAUGCUCGAAGGCGAAGGAUAUCUCGCGUAUCCCAAAUUUUCGUAGGUUAAAAAGGUUAAUUUCUGAGUUCUCGAUUCAAUUAGUGGCUAUUUGUGAGCCUAAGGUUUCGACAUGUGACAUUCAAAUGCUUUGUGCUCAUCUCAAGAUGGAAGGUUGGAUGGUCAAUAGGGAGGGGUCUAUCUGGAUUUUCAAUCAAAACGGUUUCCAAUGUGCUCCUAUUGGGGAAUCUCCUCAACACCUGUCCCUUAAAAUUUCACCCCAGGCACUAUCGGCUCCUGUUUAUUUGUCCUUCGUCCAUGCAAGAUGUACUGAGCAAGACCGGGUUCCGUUGUGGUCAGCUCUGUUAGCGGAUAAACCAAGGGAUGAUCCAUGGUUGGUGGUAGGGGAUUUUAACACCAUUGUUAGUACAGAAGAGAAGCGCGGAGGGCUGCCUUUUCGGGUAGAUGAAGGUGUGGAACUAAGUUCAUUUAUGUCCAGGGCUGGAGUUUUUGAUGCAGCUUCAACUAGACUUGAUAACAAGCCGAGGCCUUUCCGUUUCCUAAAUGUUUGGACCUCGAAAGUAGAGUUGUUAGAUGUCAUUCGGUUGAGUUGGAUAAGCCAUUGCCCAGGACGCCCGUUGCAGCGGUUGGCGGCCAAAUUACGAUUCACUAAACAUGCAAUCCAACAGUGGUCGCGGGACCAUUUUGGUAAUAUAUUUGACGUAGUGAAGCAGGCAGAAGAGGCUGUAGGGGCGGCGGAGGCUGCACUUUAUAGCAUCCCAACACAACAACAAUGGUUAGCACUCCAGGAGGCAAGGACAGUAUUGCGGAACUCCCUGGCCAUGGAAGAAGCAUAUUAG